ACACAUCUGUGUCUCAUCAGCAGAUGAUGCACGCACACUUGAAUGCACAAGUUUUCUUUUUUAAAAAAUUUCUUCAUACACAAUUUUCAGGUUCCUUAGCCUACAGCUCAGCUCCGUGAUCUAACCCAGUUCUUGAACAAGCAGCCAUCGUGCCUUUCCUGCAUGAACACUGGAACAACAUUUCAUAUGGCAGCUUUUCAGACCACUCCAUGGAGGCUGGUUUCUGGGGUCUUAGGAGUAAUGUGCCUUUUGUUGGUGGCUGCUUUGGGAGUUUUGUUGAAAAAUUCAUUUACUAAACAAAAUGUUCAGCCGACAUUCUCUCCAGGACCCUCCACAGAUCUCCAGGAAGGAUCUGGCUGCUGUUCUUGCCGAGAAAAGUGGAUUGGCUACCAAUGCAGCUGUUACUUCCUUUCUAGUGAAUCAAAAACAUGGAAGGACAGUAGAAAUUUUUGUGUUUCUCAGAAUUCCAGCCUACUUCAGAUACAAAACAGAAAUGAACUGCAUUUUAUGAACUUCAUUUCCUAUUAUUACUGGAUUGGACUCUCUUACAGUGAAGAACAUCAUGCCUGGUUGUGGGAGGAUAAUUCUACUGUCUCCCAAGAUCUAUUUCCAUCCCUUCACUCUCUAAAUCCAAAGAACUGCAUAAUAUAUAACCCAAGCGGAGGAGAUUUGGAUACAGACUGUGGGAGUCAAUAUCGUUAUGUCUGUAAGCAACAGCUUAUUUAGAUGUCUCUUGGGGCAGAAGGGGUGUGCAAUGAAGAUUCAGUAUACUUAGAAUGGUAACAUAUAUUACUAACUACCUACUUCUGGGAUCUGUAAAAUGUUUCAAAUUGUGUCUUAUCAAUCAUAAUUUUCAUGUAUUUGAAAAUGUGUUUAAAUUUUUUAUCAAGAUAUAAUUGACAUAUAACAUUACAUUAGCUUCAAGUAUACAACAUAACAAUAACUAGACACUAGGUCUAAUUAACAUCCAUCAUCAUAUAUAGUUAUAAUUUUUAAAUUUUGCCAUGUGUCUUAAAAUGGAUGAAAUGUGUGCCUACACCUAAAAUUAUAGUCCAGACAAGUAAUUUCAUGAAUAUUAAUGUAUAUGGUAAAUAGUGAAUUUAAUAGUUUAUGCAUAUAUUCUUGGAAACUCUCCGCAGAAAUUUAAAUAAAACUUAAUUCAUGCCAAAUAAUA